CGGAGCUUCCUUUCUUCCGUAAGCAACCUCCAACUGAACUAUAAAAUGGCGACUUUGCUUCACUCCUGUCCCUCUCUCAUCAAACCAUCACCUCUUCUUCCAAUUUCCCUAAAACCCUCUUUUCCCCUCAGAUCAAAACCCUCAAAGUUCCCCAUUAUCGAGAAUAAUGCCAACCCCAAUUCAAGCAGUAGCCACUGAUCUCGAUCCAGGCCUGGUGCAGCAGGUUAUGAAUCUGUUCCGUUCGUCACCGCCCACGUGGAAGUCUGCGUUUCUGAGCAACGUCUUGAUCUUUCUUCUGGGCUCUCGGCUUCUGGUCUCAGGGUUGUCCCUCUCGGGCAUUGCUGCUGCUUUCUUGCUUGGCACUCUUACCUGGCGUGCCUUUGGAUCUUCUGGGUUCCUUCUUGUGGCCACAUUCUUUGUCCUGGGGACUGCAGCGACCAAAGUGAAGAUUGCACAAAAGGAGGCCCAAGGGGUUGCUGAGAAAAGGAAAGGAAGGAGGGGACCAGGAAGUGUUAUUGGAUCUAGUGCUGCAGGCUGUGUCUGUGCUUUCCUCUCGAUUUAUGCUAUUGGGGGAGAGGCAUUUGCUCGUCUUUGGGAGCUUGGAUUCGUUGCCAGUUUCUGCACUAAACUGGGUGAUACUGUUUCAAGUGAGAUUGGGAAGGCAUACGGCAAAACAACUUAUCUAGUCACUACAUUCAAGAUGGUCCCAAGGGGUACAGAAGGCGCUGUUAGCACUGAGGGAACUGUUGCUGGACUUCUAGCUUCAAUUCUUCUUGCUUCUGUUGGCUGUAUAAUGGGUGAGAUAAAUGCACCUGAAGCCAUCAUAUGUGUGAUUGCUUCCCAGAUUGCUAAUCUUGCAGAGAGUAUCAUCGGUGCUGCACUGCAAGAGAAAGAAGGAUUUAGAUGGGUUAGUGAUCAUCUUCUUCUCAAGUGGCCAAGUUUCAGUUAUCAUAUUUUCUUUUGAUUUAAGUGAUGAAAUACCUUGGGGCUGAAGAUAUACGUUAUCGCUCACCAAUGACGCCGCUAACGUCAUCAACAUAUCAACAGGGAGCAUCUUGGCAGUCCUUAUGCAGCAACUAAUACUCCAAAAUCGGAACUCAUGGAUGCAAGACAGUUCACAUCAUUAGGCCAUCGUCAGCGAGAUCUAGCUCAAGCUGGCACGCCCCUCGAUAGGAGCCGUACAAUAUACACUUCUGCCACGGAGAUUCUCCAUCUUUUCCCUCAGGUGGCCAGAUGAUGGAGACCUCCCUGAUAUUAGGUGAUUCAUAUUGCCUGUGCAGCAGAACUUACUACCAAGGCUUCGUUACUCAGUACCUCUCCCAAGAAGUAAUUAGCAUGGAGCAGCGGGAAAUCUGACGUGGUGCUUUAGAUUAUUGGUACAAGUCCAAACUAACAUACACAACCAUAUUCUUUUAUAGCUUUGAACACCUGAUCUCGGCACCCUUGUAAGAGCCAACAGAUUAUUAAACACGAUGCGUUAAUGUUCUUUAGUCAUUAAUAUUGCGGCCCAAAUAGACAUUGUUAUCGACUCUUAUACACCUUAUGUGCAAAACCAUCAUACAAUAUGAAAAUGGAACUUCACCAAAAUAUUUUCGGUGGCAUACCUACAUUGUUGACUCAUUUGCCUGCACAUAGUAUUACAAUCAUGAAGAUCUUAAAAUUGAUACAUUCAGCAGGCAAGAAACUGCCAAAAAGUAUUUGAACUGAUAUCUUAGAAGGGCUUUCACUAGUUUUUUCAUAACAAGCAUAGAUAAGCAAGUUGGGAAUCUAACAUGUCCCCACUGCACAUGCCCUUCAAUGUGCCUUCCUUUCCUAUUCCAAAACAGUUGGAAACUGAUCUUUGCCAUACAACGCUCAAUUCUUCCCCCCUUUUCUUAUAAAGUACAUGGAACUUCCCCACACCUUACGGUACAUAUUCAAGUGACAAGCAUUGCGCCGAA